AUGAAUGAAUGUCCGGAGUGCAAAGAAAUUGAUAUAUUAUUUUCCUGUUUACCUUUGCAAUACAACCCAGAAGAGCCCAUGCAAAUCAAACAGUGGUCCACUAUCGAUCGCAAAACAAAAACCAUAAUUCUGCUUGAAACAAUCGAAUCAGCAAUUGAAAUGUUGGAAAAACAGAUGACACCAUUUCGAAAACAUCAUUUUGUGAAAAACCUUCAGCAAAAAUACUUUGAUUUCAAGAGAAAAAACAUUGAAAUAGGUGACGUCAUUUUGCAGAUCGAUUUUGCCGAAAAUUUCCAACUAAUUGCACAAGAUGAGAUACAGAGUGCUCAUUGGCAACAUGAGCAAGUGACAAUUUUUACUGCGGUGGCGUGGCUAGCUGAAAAAGUAUAUUCUUUUUCUAUCAUCAGCAAUUAUCUGGUUCACGACAAAUAUGCCGUUUAUGUGUUCCUGAAGAAAAUAAUAUCUUGGAUUGAUCUUUCUGGUUAUAAAGUAAAAGACCUUAGCGUAUUUAGCGAUGGGCAGAAUUGCGGAUACUGGGCAGAAGAAAACCCCAACUGGAUGCCACAAAGUCCCCCAUUGUUGGGAUCUAUUUUCAUUGAAAAUCUUAACGGGGCAAGAUAUCUGGAAAUGCCAAGAGAACAAGUUGUCCCAAAUUUCGCAGAGUUGUUUUUAAAUCUAUUGGAACCUAAUCUUCCCAAUGAAAGGAUAUGGCUUUAA